UUCUUAGAAUUCCCAAAUUACAGCCAAAAAUGGAAGGAGAAAAAAACCGAUGUCCAAAGUCGAUCUCUUUCUCUCUCUUCCCCUGAAUAAUUGAUGCAAUUCAAAGUAAAAAUUGAGUGAUCUCAUCUCUUCUUAGAAAGGAAUUGGUUGGAGAUCAUAAAAGCUCUGCAAGUUUUCAAAUAAGACAUUUAUAAAGACCAACGUUGUGGUUCACACUUUCGAUCAAUGGAUGCUGAACUGUUAAACUUUUGGGGCCCCGUCACAUCCUCUAUUGACUGGUGUGAAAAAAAUUAUGUUUGUUCAUCUUAUAUUGCAGAGUUUUACAACACAAUUUCAAAUAUACCAGCCAUCAUUUUGGCUGUCAUUGGCCUCGUUAUUGCCUUGAGUCAGGGUUUUGAGAAGAGAUUUACUGUUCUUCACCUUUCAAAUAUGAUACUUGCAAUGGGGAGCAUAUUGUUCCAUGGAACUCUGCAACGUGUGCAACAGCAAAGUGAUGAAACUCCAAUGGUUUGGGAAAUGCUCCUUUAUAUCUACAUUCUGUAUUCACCUGAUUGGCAUUAUCGAAGCACAAUGCCCACAUUCCUCUUCCUCUACGGUGUUAUUUUUGCCGUUGUUCAUUCAGUAUUUCAUUUCAAAAUUAGUUUUAAAGUUCAUUACGCUGUGCUCUGCCUCCUUUGCAUCCCUCGGAUGUACAAAUACUACAUCCACACAGAGGAUCCUGCAGCCAAGCGUCUAGCAAAGCUAUAUGUCAUCACUUUAUUCCUUGCAAGCCUGUGUUGGGUUUGUGACCGUGUUUUCUGUGAGCAUAUAUCUGCUUGGCCUAUCAAUCCACAAGGACAUGCUUUAUGGCACAUCUUCAUGGGCUUUAAUUCCUACUUUGCAAAUGCAUUUCUGAUGUUUUGCCGUGCUCAGCAGCGAGGUUGGGGUCCAAAGAUUGUUCAUUUCUUGGGUCUUGUUCCCUAUGUGAAGAUUGAGAAACCAAAAUCUCAAUGAGCUAGACACAAUUACACAAAGCCGGUGGAACCUCUUAUUUCCUGGUCCCUUAUGUAUUCUGCAGUUAAGAGGCAUCUCUGUCUGAUAGAAACCUACUCAGAAGGGACUGUUUACGUAGGCUGUUCUGAAGUGUAGCUUGCAAACUAUAACCAUACUUAAAUAGUAGAUGGUCACAGGCAAUUCUGUCAAAGCAAAUAUUCAGCAUUUUUUUGUUUUUAUAUUAGGAUCUAGAUUAGUCAAAGCUAUGGGCAGUUUUUUUGUUAGAACUCAAGUAUAGGUUCUAUAGUUUACUAAGUUUAUGUUGUCUUCAUUCGAUGGAAAGUGUUAAAUUCUUGAUUCUCUUGUCAGCUUACUGAUACCCAGAUUCUGAAGUUUCUUGUUUAUGCAAGCUUUUCAUUAUUUAUAUAAUUACAAAUGUUAAUUUAUUCAUCUA